CCACUCUGCUCUUGUUCUUGCAGCUCUUUUCCUCUCAUCUUAUUCUUGCUGUUUCUGUUGGGCUUUUUAAAUGCUUUCUGGGAUGUGGCUGCGUAGGGAUGGACAAUACUCUAUGUUUGGAAGCCUGUGUUGAUGGUACCCUGAUCUCUCUCUCUUUACCCCUCCAUCCUUGCUGUCUUUCUGCAAACGCUCACGUUAAGGUGUGUCCUGGCCCCCGGCUGUGCCUGUGAAUGUCUGUCACUAUGGCUAAGCGUGAGACUGGCAGCACGAGUCCAGUGGUGCGGCAAAUAGACAAGCAGUUCCUGGUCUGCAGCAUCUGCCUUGAUCACUUCCACAACCCCAAAGUGCUGCCCUGCUUACACACCUUCUGUGAACGGUGCUUACAGAACUACAUCCCGGCUCAGUCACUGACUCUGUCGUGUCCGGUUUGCCGACAGACCUCCAUCCUGCCUGAAAAAGGCGUAGCAGCGCUGCAGAAUAACUUCUUCAUCACUAAUCUGAUGGAGGUGCUGCAGAGAGAUCCAGGAUGUUCUCGUCCUGAGGCUUGCAAUGUGCUGGAGUCUGUGAGUGCAGUAGUUGCUGGGAAGCCUCUGUCCUGCCCAAAUCAUGAGGGCAAGGUCAUGGAGUUUUAUUGUGAGUCCUGCGAAACUGCCAUGUGUUUAGACUGUACAGAGGGAGAACACAGAGAACAUGUCACUGUCCCUCUGAGGGAUGUUCUAGAACAACACAAAGCAGCACUGAAGAAUCAGCUAGAUGCCAUUCGAAACAGAUUGCCACAGCUCACAGUUGCGAUUGAACUGGUGAAUGAGAUCUCCAGGCAGCUGAUGGAGAGAAAGACUGAAGCAGUGAAUGAAAUCAGCAGUACAUUUGAGGAGCUAGAGCGAGUUCUGCAUCAACGUAAAACUGCCCUCAUCACCGACCUAGAGAACAUUUGCAGCUCCAAACAGAAGGUACUGCAGUCCCAGCUGUCAUCAUUGCAGCAGGCGAAAGAACAUAUCGAGAGCAGCUGCAACUUUACAGAACAGGCGCUGUGCCAUGGGGGUGCUGCUGAAGUGCUUCUUGUGCAGAAGCAGAUGGGGGAUCGUGCAGGUGCUCUGGCUUGUCACACCUUUCCUGAACGUCCACAUGAGAACUGCCAUCUGCAGUGCCGCCUGGAGACUGAGGGCCUGCGGCGCUCCAUCCAAAACCUGGGUGUCCUGAUCACCACUAGUGCCGUUGGACACACUAGCGUGGCCACCGGGGAGGGCCUGAGGCAUGCCGUCAUCGGCCAGCACACCACUAUCACAGUCACCACCAAGGACAAGGAUGGAGAACUGGUGCGAAGCGGAAAUGCACUUCUAAAAGCAGAGAUCACAGGACCAGAAGGAAGCAAAGCAGUCGAUGUUGAGGUAGUGGACAAUAAAAAUGGCACAUAUGAAGUGGGCUACACACUGAGGAGUGAGGGAGAACAUUUAUUUUCAUUAAUGCUAUAUGGCCAACCUGUUAGAGGGAGUCCAUUCAGACUGCGUGCCGUGAAGCCCAGCGAUGUGCCUCAGUCACCUGAAGACGUAAAGAGGAGGGUAAAGUCGCCUAGUGGAAGUGGAGGACACAUCAGGCAGAAAGCUGUGCGAAGACCCUCCAGCAUGUACAGCACUACUAAGAAGAAGGAGAACCCUAUUGAGGAUGAACUUAUCUACAGAGUAGGCACAAGAGGCCGGGAGAAGGGUGAGUUCACCAAUCUUCAAGGCAUCUCCACCUGCAGUGGCAGAGUUGUAGUGGCAGACAGCAACAACCAGUGCAUACAGGUGUUUACUAAUGACGGUCAGUUUAAACUGAGGUUUGGAGUGCGAGGUCGUUCACCAGGGCAACUGCAGCGACCAACAGGUGUGACAGUAGACAUGAACGGAGACAUCAUAGUAGCUGAUUAUGAUAAUCGAUGGAUUAGCAUCUUCUCCGCGGAAGGGAAGUUUAAGAAUAAAAUCGGUGCUGGGAGGUUGAUGGGGCCAAAGGGCGUUGCAGUGGAUCGUAAUGGCCACAUCAUUGCCGUGGAUAAUAAAGCGUGCUGCGUCUUCAUCUUCCAGUCUAAUGGGAAACUGGUCACCAGGUUUGGGGCAAGGGGCUCGUUGGACAGACAGUUUGCAGAAAAAAGUGGUUCAAACUUUGCACAGGAGCAAAAGCUUAGUAAAUCUGGCCCUGGGUUCAGUCCACACUUUGUGGCCAUCAACAACAAGAAUGAAAUCAUAGUAACAGACUUCCACAACCACUCGGUUAAGGUGUUUAGUGCAGACGGCGAGUUCCUCUAUAAAUUUGGCUCGCAUGGUGAAGGAAAUGGGCAGUUUAAUGCCCCGACAGGAGUGGCUGUUGAUGCAAAUGGGAACAUCAUUGUAGCAGACUGGGGUAACAGCAGGAUACAGGUAUUUGACAGCUCGGGCUCUUUCCUGUCCUACAUCAACACGAGCGCAGACCCGCUGUAUGGGCCGCAAGGUUUGGCGCUCACAUCUGAAGGUCACGUGGUUGUUGCAGACUCUGGGAACCACUGUUUUAAAGUGUAUCGCUACUUACAGUAGUGCUCUGGCUCUCCUGCUUUCUCUCUCCGACCUUUUUGCACGUUCCGCUUAGAUCAGACCCCUUAACCAAACUAAAGAGGAUGAGCAGAAAGCAUAAGAGCAUUUUUCUCUUACAGUGCAGUGCUCCAAAGCAUACUUUUUUUUUUUUUUUUUUUUUUUUUUUUACUGUUUAUAAUUGUGAUCUAGACCUUAUGAUUGUUUAGAGUGGAUGUUGGGGAGUGAUAUGACAAGCACAUUUUGUACAAUAAUUCACUUCAAGAUAUUAAAUUGGUAAAAUUGAGAAGAUUUUGUGUACAGCACUUUCUCUAAAGCAUGUAUUCAUAAAGCUAGUGCUAUGAUUUUAACAACAGACAUAAAAAAAAUCCUUAAAUAUAAGAAUCUAUAAUAAAAUAAAAGAUCUAUAAUUAAUUUCAUGCUAACAUGCAAAUAUUUUACUUAAUUACAGAACCUGUACAUAAGCACGUACACGGUUCUCCAGCUGAAUUUAGAAAAUUCUGCAGUUCAUAUUCAUUAAUUGUAUUUUAAUUUUUUUAAAUACAAACCACAGAUCUCAGCAAUUGAUUCAAUUAAUAAAUUUGUAUACUUAAUCUGCCUGUUAUUACGGAAUUAAUGGUAAGUAAUUACAAUUAUGAGUAAUUACAAUAAUUGAGAGCAUUUUGGUAAUUACACUAUUACCAAAUUACAAAUAUUUGGUAAAGAUCUGUUAUUAUUAUAAACGUAUUAUGCUUCAUAAAUACAGGCUUCAAAGAAAACACAACUAUUUUUAAAUCAAGUGUCUUAACCUUAAUCAUGAUUUGCUAGUUUCUUAGAUCUGAAAUGAAACUAUGACUAGAACCUCUGACAGCUUUACUUUCCAUGUCUCUGGGUACACACUUAUCCUGUUUGUCUUUGAGUGCGAACAUCAUUUGUGGAUGUUUAAUCUGUGUGUAUUGUAUUUAUGCGCAUAAACAAGUGUCUGUAAA